AUGAAGCGAGCGAAGAAGAGAAGAGGUGGAAGUGCCUUCUUCUAUCUUUGUCUGCUGGUAUUGCUUCCAGUAGUAGUGGAGGCCAUCCGGCUACCGUUCCUCGGUCAACAUGCCGAGGAAAGCCCGAAGCAAGAUGGUUCAUCUUAUCCACAAGAUGAUGGGCACUCACCAUUGGGUAGAACGGCAGAGCUGCCAGUGAAUGCACCUCUGACAGGUGCUUUUCUGCUAUUGGCGCUCCAAGAGAAUGGAUGGACCAGCAUUCGGAAACAUCUCGAGGUGCAGCGACAAACAUACCAGCAGAUAUAUGCGUUUAUCAUGUACAAGCCACCAGUUGGAAUGGUCACUACCUAUGUUCUAUUGCAGCUGGUACUUUCCGGACGCCUCUUUCGUGCCUACAAUCAGCUUCCGUCGCAAGGGGUGAACGGUAAAUACAGUAACCAUGGACAUCCGAGUCGAAACCAGUACUACAACAACGGACUCAGUAGUAUUAUGCAACAAGAGCACCGAAAAUCGAAACGACGGCGACACAAGGGCCGAGCCUUUUCCUUGGAAGAACGUGACCAAGACUAUGUUUCCUAUGGAGUCAUGGAACGGAUUCGCGGACGGCUCUGUGUGGCAGCCUUGGCCGACAUUGUAGAGCAGCAGGAAGCACUCUAUCCUGCCUUUGCCGCCGAGCGAUCGGCUCUGUUUUACUACAAGAAACACUACCGUAAAGAUUGUGAUCAGAUGGAUACAGAAUGGCUCCUACAAGUGCCAUGGGUAUAUGGAGCCGCAUUGGAUGCGCUCCAGAUAUCCUGUGCACCUGGAGGAUCCCGCUUUGAGUUUGUCGAGCAGCUACGAGAGCCCUUGGCGCGAUUAAAGGCAGCCCAAGUCUAUUAUGAAAAGCGAGCCAACAAUAAUAAUACACGAGAGUCAAAACAACAAUCCACAAAGCUGCCCACUCCAACGGUGCUUCAAGUGGCAACCACAAUCUUGGAGAUUCGAGCCACGGAUGCUUUGUUGCGUGUCUGUCGAGACCGAUUACUCAAGACAACCUAUCGCUUGGCACGUACCGCCAAAUAUUGGAACCGAAGAGUGGAACAAGCCAAAGCCAUGGCCGUCUUCCAGCAGAGUCUGAUUCGUGAUACCAUCGAGGGAGAUCGUCUUCGACUUUCCUAUGCACAAGCCGCGUACAGGGCCGAAUUGGAUCGACUGGGACGCAUUUGUGCCAUGCUCUUGAUCGAAAAACAACAACACGAUAACCCGCAAGAGGCUCCGGGGAGACCCAAAGAACUUCAAGACAUUCAUCUUUUGCGGGCCCUCCGACGAAGCAAACGGGUCAGUGCCAUCUAUGGAUCGACAGCCAAUCAUCCUUGGGCAAACCGAAAACAAAAGAGAAAGUGGCGGAGCACUUGGCGACUUCCCAAACUGUCAAGGUAUGCUGUUCGAAUUGAAAAGGGUUGGAUUACAAUACGGCACCUUGAGAAGGAUACCUUUAUCGACGGCGGAAGUGCCACGAACGUGUUGAUGUUAGAUGAUCCGGAGUCUUUGAAGGAAUGGCAGGAAGACGCACAAAAUUGGAUUCAAACGUCCAAAAAGACGCUUUGUGAUGUGCUGAACGAAACGCUCAUGACUUCGGUUGAGUCCAAUAAUGGCGAUGAGACUUCACCGUUUGUACACGACGUCAAUCUGCUUCGAGAAGCAUGGGAACUGUAUCCAAAGACGGAAACGCCAGCAAGAGGUCCGAUUGAGGACUCUGAAGUUAUGGCCAUGACAAUGUACAACUACACCUUGCUUGCGUGGGGGCGCGCAUUGCAUGUGGUCGACGAUGUAAAGGACUUUCGAAGGAUGGGCGAGGGCAGAACUAUGGGCUUGAAAGAAUUCACAAUUGUGGGCUUGCUCAAUGAGUUUGAUUUCUUUGGCAUUCCUUCUGCAAUGGCUAAGGUCUACUUGGCCUAUUGCUUGCAUGAUUGGAUAGCCCCGCAUUGGCCUGUGAUCCUGGCGUUUCUGCGAGAAGCAUGGCAGACGUUCGUCAUAUUUUUCAUGACUCGGUUUUUUGAACCGGCAAAAGGUGUGCUUCUCUCACUUCUCAGUCCGGGAGAGAAAAGCAUGCUCGAGGACUUUGACCUGCCGAGCGAAGCCCGCAGUCUAGACAACAUGUUGAAAGACCUUAAGUUUGGGGAUGGGACUCCGGGGGAUAGGAGGAAAGCGUUAGAGGCUGCCGCCCUUCAAUACGAAGAGGACGUGUCAACUGGCUUAUUUCGGACAAUGGCUUCUGGCCAGUUGAUCCGGUUGCUGUUGGUCCAGAUGCAGCAAGUCAAGCUCGGCAUGCUCAAUGCGAUGGAGGAUAUUGAUGUCUUGCUUCAAGCGAACAAACUGAACAUGCGUAUCAUGGCGGCGGUGCCGGGCAUUUUCCUUGCCUACUUCUGGACUCGAAUGUUCGUCAGACAUCUCUACAAUUUGCGGUCACGAGACUUGAGACCCAUUACUGAUGUGUAUGAGGACAUGACAGCGCACUUGCACAGAAUCAAAAGCAUCCUUCUUCUUGCAGACGGGGCGACCUUUGGGGACAACGUUGAAAACAGCGGCGCUGCUAUACUGGGAUCUGCGGUGAAUGUGCUUGGACCGAUUGAGCUGGGAGAAGUUGCUCUGAACAUGCACUGUUACCUUGUUCUACUGGAUUAUUGCUCCCCCAAUCCAUUCCCAAAACGUCACUGCGACGAGAUACAUCAAUCAAUCCGAGAAACGCUGGGAUCUGUCAAGAAGACAGACCAGCUUGAUCGCGCUGACAAACAGGGCGUUGGAAGAUCGAUGGCUUUAGUCGACCUGGUGAUCAAGAAACACCAAGGUCUAAAGAAGUAUUUGUAG